AUGCCUGGAUUUUCUACAGAAGAUUUUGGCGCAUUGCUGAAUAAUACAAGAUUCAACAAGAAGAACAAGAAACAACAGUCAAUGGACGCUCACGAGACCCUCGGUGAGAAGAACACGGAGAAAAUGAAACAGACCAAGCACCACAGCAAGAGGAGGAGCUUGGAAAACCUCCAAGACUGCACCGGUCAUAAGAAAACAAACACUGAAGGGGUUAUGGAACCCAAAAAGCAGAGGAAUAACUUAAAAACCAAGACGCGGAUGAGGAUGGAAUAUUUGUAUCCGAUUAUAGACCCCAACAAGAAGAGGAAGAAGCAGGACAUGGAGGGCGAUGAAAACCAGAACAAGAAGACCAAGAAAGACACGGAGGACCACGAGAAGCAGUACAAGAACACGAAGAAGGACACAGACGACUACGAGAAGCAGGACAGGAAGACGAAGAAGGGCACGGAGGACCACAAGAACCAAGACAAGAAGAGGAAGAAGGACACGAAGGAUCACGAAAAGCAGGAAGAGAAAAGCAAGGACAAGGAAGAUCACGAGAACCAACACAAAAACACCAAGGGAGAAGGCAGGAAAAACCGAAGGAAAGGGUGGAAUAUGGAGUGCUGUAAACGGAUUAAGGACUGCAUCAAGAAAUGGAACAAGAAGGAUAAUGAAGACUACGAGGAACAGGCCAAAAAGAGCAGCACGGAGAAACGUGAGAGCCAGGCCAAGAAGAGGAAAGGUAAGAGUAUUGAAGACCAUGAUAGCCAGGCCAAGAAGAGAAAGGGGCAGGGCAAAGAGGACCAUGACACCCAGGUCACGAAGAAGUUGCACGACAAGGAGGAACAUGACAAUCAGGCCAAGAAAAGAAAGAGGCAGGACAAGGAGGAAGAUGACACCCAGGCCAAGAAAGUGAAGAGGCAGGACAAGGAGAAACAUGACACCCAGGCCAAGAAAGUGAAGAGGCAGGACAAGGAGGAACAUGAAACCCAGGCGAAAAAGGGGAAGGGAGAAGAGAAAGAGCCAAAGAAGAGGAGGCCGCUGGAGAAUUAUAAGCGUAUCCUUGAUCACCUCAGGAAGAGGGGAGGGCGGGACAGCAGCAACGUGCUGAAGCUGAAGGUGGAGGCCGAAAGAGUCAAAAAGAAGAGGAGUGUGAGCGAGUACUGCCGUGUUCAUCUUGAGGAAGGACACAUGACGGAUGCGACCGUGCGCGGCCAUCCAUGUCUUGUCUUUUUUGACACCGGCGCCUCAGCCAGCAUCAUGUUCCUGUCACUGGCUAAGAGAGCGGGCCUCCUCACGGGCCGCGAGAAGACAGAAAAAAUACUCUUCUCUACCUGGAAUGGCAUCCUGUUGCUGGACGUGAUCAUGCUCGACGAGGUACUGUUGGUGCUGAAGGACGGCCUUGCGGUCAAUACGCCCAUGUUGGUGUUUCCAAAGGAGGCGGAGAUCACCUCUCGCAAUGACGUGAUAGUGCUGUCCAUGAGCCGCCUGCAGGAGGCUGAGAUGCGGCAGGACUUCCAUCACGACGGUAGCAGCACCCUGUUCCUGCGUCACCCGGAACGUCUGCGGCGGAGACCUCAGCCAGGGCGCGAAGGGAAAGUGUUCGCGUUUGCCGCACAAGCACAAGGCGUCGAGGAGCCGCUGAUGGUGCUGCUGGACACAUGCUCUACUAUACCAUUCUCUAUCACCAAGAUCGGCCGGUACAACGUGCGGUGCAGGACAGGAAGCGAGACUGCGCUGCCGACACGAGUCAUUCUGCAGUUUGGCAGCGGCACACUCACAGUGCAGAUGAACACCAACCAGGGGGUUAGCGACUUCGACUUUGUGUUUGGACGACCGCUGCUCUGUAAAUUACGAGCAGCAAUAGAUUAUGUUGAUUCGACCAUGACGUUGAAGCUCAACAGAAAACAAUUCUGCCUCGACAUCUUCCCUCACUGA